GACACUCGCUGCACUGUCUGUUCGUGCGUGAAUGUCUGUGAGUGUGUGUGUGUGUACGCGCGUCCUCAACUUCCUGCUCGGUGCCCGCGCACCCACCGUCUCGUCAGUGUUGAUCGGCUCGCCAUGGCGGAAGGACGCAGAGAACAGCCGCCCCAUCCUCUCCUCUCUUUACCACCGGCCAGCAAGCGACCCUGCCUGCGCCCCGCUCCCCGAGGUCCCGGCCCAGGGCCCGGUCACGGCAGCGGGUUGCCCAGCUCCCGGUAUCGUUCUCCGGAGUCUCUACUAGACUGCGCCGCGAAGGCAGUAGCGGAAAAGUGGGCCUUCGAGCGGGUGGAGGAGCGCUUCGAGCGGAUCCCGGAGCCCGUCCAGCGCCGCAUCGUCUACUGGUCUUUUCCCCGCAACGAAAAGGAGAUAUGCAUGUACUCGUCAUUUCAGUGCCGAGUCGCCGGCGAGGAGGGUCAGUCGGCGGCUACCGGCGGGACUGGGGGCGCUGGGUCCGGAUCUACAACCGCCGGCGGUGGGGGAGGAUCUACCGGUACGACGGCCACCGUGGGGGCAGCCGGAGCAGCGGGGACGGGGGACGGACUUCCUUUCCGCCGGGGUAUCAGGUUGCUGGAGACCGGUUGUGUGGAAAGCGUUUUACAAGUCGGCUUUCACCUCAGCGGCACAGUCACUGAACCCGCCACGUCGUCCGAGCCAGAGGUCACCCACAAGGUCGCCAUCAGCUUCGACCGAUGCAAGAUCACCUCGGUCACCUGCGGUUGCGGCAACAGGGACAUCUUCUACUGCGCCCACGUGGUGGCGCUCUCGCUUUACCGCAUUCGCAAGCCCGAGCAGGUGAAGCUGCGGUUGCCCAUCUCAGAGACGUUGUUCCAGAUGAACCGGGAUCAGCUGCAGAAGCUGGUCCAGUACCUGAUCACGGCCCACCACACCGAGGUGCUGCCCACAGCUCAGAAACUGGCCGACGAGAUCCUCUCUUCAAACUCUGAGAUCAACCAGGUCCAUGGCGCUCCUGACCCAACUGCAGGCGCCAGUAUCGACGAUGACAACUGCUGGCAUCUGGACGAGGACCAGGUCAGGGAGCAGGUGAAACAGUUCCUCUCCCAGGGAGGAUACUACGGCUCUGGGAAGCAACUCAACUCCAUGUUCGCCAAGGUCAGGGAGAUGCUACGAAUGCGAGACUCCAACGGCGCCCGCAUGCUGACGCUCAUAACGGAACAGUUCAUGGCGGACCCCAGGCUGUCGCUAUGGCGACAACAGGGCACAGGCAUGACGGAUAAGUGUCGGCAGCUCUGGGAUGAGUUGGGUGCAUUGUGGGUGUGCGUGGUGCUCAACCCCCACUGUAAGAGCGAAGAGAAGAGCGGCUGGCUGAAGCAGCUGAAGAAGUGGGGCGACCUGGACGUCUGCCCGCUGGAGGACGGCAACUACGGCAGCGAGCUUCCAAACAUCACCAACGCUCUGCCGCAGAGCAACCUGGCACAAGACUCUCUGUCCAGGCCGAGGAGGUCAGUGUUCAGCCGGGCCGUCGAGGCCUGCGACCUCCACUGGCAGGACAGCCACCUCCAAAGGAUCAUCAGCAGCGACCACUACGUGUCUCCGUCCUACCAGAGGGAGGGGGAGAGCCUGCUCUUCAACCCGCAGGGGCUGCCGCUCUGGCUCGACCACGUCCCCACGGCGUGCGCUCGCGUCGACGCCCUGCGUUCCCACGGCUACUCGAGGGAAGCCCUGCGAUUGGCCGUGGCCAUCAUCAACACGCUUCGCCUCCAGCAGCAGAGACAGAUGGACAUCUACAAACACCAAAAGAAAGAGCUUCUCCAGAGGGGCGUGACUUCCACCACCAACCUGGAAGGCUGGGUGGGUCAUCCCUUAGACCCCAUCGGCUGUCUGUUCAACACGCUCACCGAGACCUGCCGCAUGGACGACGACAACUCGAUGGACACCGGAGAAGGCGACCCCAGGCCUCCGGUCUACCACCACGUACCAGUGUGGGGCAGUUCCAGUGGAGGAGAGUCCUACCUGACCUUGGCCUUAGAGGUGGCUCUGAUGGGUAUGGGCCAGCAGAGGAUAAUGCCCGAGGGCCUGUAUGCUCAGGACAAGGUGUGUCGUAACGAGGAGCAGAUUGUCGCAAAACUUCAGGAGCUGGAGCUGGGCGACCUCCUGGUCCAGACUCUACGGAAGCAAGCCAUCCAGCUACUGGAAGCUGGUCCAUUCAGUGGCCUGGGCGAGGUCAUCCACCGGGAGAGCGUCCCCAUGCACACCUUCGCCAAGUACCUCUUCUCCGCCCUGCUGCCGCACGACGCCGACCUGGCCUACAAGCUGGCCCUCCGCGCAAUGAGGCUGCCGGUGCUGGAGUCCUCCACAGGCUCAGGGGACGUGGGCCACCCUCACCACGGCAUCUCCAUAGUACCAAGCAGGUACCCACGCUGGUUCACGCUGGGACACCUGGAGUCCCAGCAGUGCGAGCUGGCCUCCACCAUGCUCACUGCUGCUAAAGGUGACAUGUUGAGAUUGCGGACGGUGCUGGAGGCCAUCCAGAAAAACAUCCACUCCUCUUCCUUAAUCUUCAAGCUGGCCCAGGAUGCCUUUAAAAUUGCCACACCUGCAGACAACCCGCCUGAUAUCACCCUGCUCAACGUGGCACUGGAGCUGGGACUGCAGGUGAUGAGGAUGACUCUGUCCACACUAAACUGGAGAAGGAGAGAGAUGGUCCGCUGGCUGGUAACCUGUGCCACUGAAGUCGGUCUGCGGGCGUUGGUGAGCAUCUUGCAGAGCUGGUACACCCUCUUCACGCCGACCGAGGCCACCAGCAUCGUGGCGGCCACCGUCAUGUCCCACAACACCAUCCUGCGCCUCAGCCUGGACUACCCGCAGCGCGAGGAGCUGGCCAGCUGUGCCAGGACGCUGGCCCUGCAGUGCGCCAUGAAGGACCCCCAGAACUGCGCCCUGUCUGCCCUGACGCUCUGCGAGAAGGACCAUAUCGCCUUCGAGACGGCCUACCAGAUCGUGAUCGAGGCGGCGUCCACGGGCAUGACUUACUCGCAGCUGUUCACCAUUGCCAGGUACAUGGAGCACAGAGGGUACCCGCUGCGCUCCUUCAAGCUGGCCUCCCUCGCCAUGACCCACCUCAACCUGGCCUACAACCAGGACACGCAUUCCGCCAUCAACGACGUGCUGUGGGCCUGCGCGCUCAGCCACUCCCUGGGGAAGAACGAGCUCGCCGCCAUCAUCCCCCUGGUGGUGAAGAGCGUGCACUGCGCCACCGUGCUCUCCGACAUCCUGCGGCGGUGCACCAUGACGGCGCCGGGUCUCGCCGGGAUUCCCGGGAGAAGGAACUCUGGGAAGCUGAUGUCAACAGACAAAGCGCCGCUGCGGCAGCUGCUGGACGCCACGAUCUCGGCGUACAUCAACACCACGCACUCUCGACUGACGCACAUCAGCCCGCGGCACUACGGGGAGUUCAUAGAGUUCCUGAGCAAAGCGCGGGAGACUUUCCUGCUGGCACAGGACGGCCAUAUUCAGUUUGCUCAGUUCAUAGACAACCUGAAACAGAUCUACAAGGGCAAGAAGAAACUGAUGAUGUUGGUCAGGGAGCGCUUUGGCUGACCACGCCCCUCCCUCACAGGGACGCUCUUCUCGGGAAGUAGUUUGACCUUUUUGUUUCUAUUUAAAGUUAUUUUGGAUUCCUUUGUAUUUUUACUUCUUCUGUUGAGCCAUUUGUUGACUGAGUCUUAAGUUUUUGUCCUGUUUUGUUGUUUUGUUUCUUGAAUGUGAACCAGGAAGUGUUGCUCUGUUUCAUUGAGACCAUCUAUUCAAACCAUCAAGUCAAAAGAAAUCUUUUGGGGGAUUUGGCACAUGAGGAUUCAAAAACCAAAAUAUUUCGUUGGAUAGGUCUACUUACUUUAAAAAGGCCAAGAGGAAGUGGUUUCCAAAAUGGAAGGAACGUGUCAUUCCAAAAGAGCGCUCUGAUGUCGUUGCAUAACGUCAUACCUCCACUGUAUUAUUUGUCAGCUUUAACUUCUCUAUCUGAAGAAUUGGCCUUAUCUUUCAUUCAGAACACACACCUACACGUGGCGUACUAACCGGUUCCUACACAUCUGCUGCUCAGUGCGUUUCUUAAAGGAGGGAAGAACCAAGUUGCUUCACAGCUCUGAUAAACGACUGGGUCUCAAUCUGUGGAGCUACAACUGCAGUGUUGUACAGCUAUUCGUGGGCAAAACCUUUCAAAUCCAGACGACCCUCCUGUCGUCACCCGUCACUUGCUGGAUUGGGAUUUAGUCCAUAAGCAAUAACACUCUGUGCUUCAUCAGCCAGCGGCUUUCAUUUCAUGUCUUUUUGUGUUCUGUUAGGAAGCUCUGAAAGAUGUUGGGACCUGUGUUGAUUUGAGCGUACUCGAAUCAUAGCUCAAGUCCCUUUUCCAUCUCAAGACGUUUCUACGGAACUUUUCCAUGAACCAGCAAUCUGGUUCCUAUGUUGGUUCUAUCGGUCGUGGUUCCUACCCCUGACACCCUGGCAGAUAGGACUUUGGACUAUCGGGGGGACCUAUGCAGCACUUGUGACUAAUCAAAUAAGCACUAUUUAAAAACGUCACCUCCAGAAUGGUUGAGUAGUACUGUACAGCAAGAGAUGAGACGUUUCAAACAGUAUAUGGGACUGGUGACGAGGAACAAGCCUCUGCUUGUAUAUUUAGAAUCAAAAAGCCUACCAAAAUAUAUAUUUUUUGAAUUUAUAGUAGGACAAGGCUUUUCCCACUUAUACAUCUGCACUAAAUGAUAACGUUUAUAGAUCAACUGAUCAUGUGUGAUGUGAAUUGGUUGUUUAUAGUCACUAACAAAGCCAAACAACUCUGCUGCACGACCAAGCCCUUUAGCUCAUUUAAAUUGACCGCUAUCCCCAUCCUCUUUUUUUUCACACGCUGCUCCGUCUCGGCCUCAUGUGUCAGGUCUUAUGUUAGCAUCUGUUGCUAGUGUGUUAGCCAGAGAUGAUACUUCAUUGUUGUGUUAGCAUGGCUGGACCAACAAGUGUUAACGUUUGGAUAAACUCUAACAAAAAUUAAAUCUAAAAGAUUUAAAACCACAGUCAUUGCAGUAAUCAUACCACACUCUGGCUAAGGCACACAUUCAUAUGCUCAACUAAGUUGAUCCUGAUUUUUGAUAUUCCUCCAGUUCUGUGGUGCUCGUGAUGGAAAAGAGUCUCCAGUUACUGAAGGCUACUGGUUGUGAUGGUUCUCAAAGGGUUAAAGAUACGUGUGCUUCAUGAUGACUUAUUCCAACAUGUAUGACACCACAUAGCUGGGCACAAGGAGUCCUUGUGUGCACGAGGGACGUCCAUGCUCCCCCCUCUUUACCGUCAUCGUAUAAGCACUUCACACAAAUACCUCUUCAGUCCGUUCCUGCCUGCUUCAGCGUUUAUUUAUUGAUUGUGUUGGUAAAUCUGGAUGUCUGAGUAGGAAUCACACACACACACACACACACACACCCAACUAGAAAAAGGUGAGAAAAGGAGGAAGACUUUGUCGUCUGCUUUUACAUUCCAUGCGCGUCCCACUGGCCCCUCCACAGGUCGUCGGGUCUCUCCUCCCAUCUGAGGACACGCAGGGAGAGCAGCAGAGGAACCAAAAGGCUGUCGCUCAGUUCUCAGGGACAUCACUUAAAGAAACAAAACAAAAGGUAGUAGCAUUAAGCGUUUAAGAUAUUGUAAAUAUGAAAGUGUCAAUUCAGAAAAUUGUAAAGUUAUAAUUAUUUAUGAUAAGUAUGUUAUGCGUUUGUUAUUACUUUAUUUUUCUGUUCUUUUGGCGGGGGGGUACUUGAACUGUUUUGGACGGGGAUUUGACAGAGUUUUCCUUUUUUUUUUUUAAAAGAGCAAAAACUUCAAGGCAUUUCUCAGGUGCUCCUGUGUGCAUUGCUUUGCUAUAACGGCUCCAAUUAUUUGUUUUUUUAUAUUGGUUUUUAAAGACAAAAGAGAAAGUGUGUCUGUACUGAAUGAAAAGGAGGAAAGGCAUCCAUUUGUAAACAGAUCCGUACCCGACUAUGCAGAACCACUUUGAUGGUCUCGUCACCUCUCCAGGACUCCUUAAGUGUGGAAGAAGAGACUCUGUGGACUAAACCACUACUAAACGGGGGGGGGGGGG